GCCAGACAUCACUGAUGAUGAGGUCAAGACAGCCUUUGGUACAUACGGCAAUGUCGUGGAGCACCACAUCAUGAGAGGGAAGUCCACGUCUGGCCAGGCGUGUGCGUUCGUGGUCUACGACAGCAAAACUGCGGGCGACAGCGCCAUCAACGGGAUGGAUAACGCCCUCACCCUCAGGGAGGGAGGGAAUCCCAUCCGCGUUUCCUGGGCGAAGAAUCAGCGGGGUGGAGGCGGCGGUGGUGGCGGCUACUCAGGAGGCUGUGGCGGAGGAGGCUUCGGAGGCGGCUGUGGUGGGUACGGCGGCUGCGGAGGUUCCUACGGCGGCUAUGGUGGCUGUGGUUGCGGUGGCUUUGGAGGGGGCGGCUGUGGGGGAUGUGGUGGCUUCGGAGGUUGUGGCGGCUGUGGAGGCGGCUGCGGUGGCUUUGGCGGCUGCGGGGGCUGCGGCUGCGGCGGUUGCGGCGGCUGCGGUGGUUGUGGCUGGGGUGGCGGUGGCGGCUGUGGCGGCAAAGGCCAGUGGGGAGGCGGUGGCGGCCAGUGGCAAGGUGGCGACGGUGGCGCAGCAAAAGCGAAGCUUUUCGUCGGGAACCUCCCGCCAGACAUCACCUCGGAGGUUCUGACGCAGGUGUUCGGGACUUAUGGCAAUGUCGUCAACAUUCACGUCAUGGCCGGGAAGUCCAAGAGCGGUCAGAGCUGCGCCUUCGUCGAGUACUCCAAUACCACGGAGGCUGAAACUGCCGUUCUGACCCUGCACGAGAAGUAUGAGAUUCGCCCAGGAGAUGGGCAUAUUAUGGUCAAGUUCGCCCAGUCCGGCAGCAUGCGCCCGGGACCGUAUUAG